AUGGGUAAAGAAGGUCUCCGCUAUGCAGCGAAAGUGUCACUAGACAAGCCAGCAUCAGAGCAAGAGUGCCUGCACAACCGCUGGCACCCCGAAAAUCCCUCGUACGCCACUAUCAAACCCGGCGAAGCCGUCAAGAUCGAGUGUGUAGACUGGACUGGCGGUCAAAUCGGCAACAAUGACUCUGCAGACGAUGUGCGGGAUGUCGACCUUACUAAGAUUCACUACCUAACCGGACCUUUCGAUAUUGAAACCGCAGAACCGGGUGACGUCCUCGUUGUUGACAUUCAAGAUGUACAGCCGUUAGAGGACCAGCCUUGGGGGUUUACAGGUGUGUUUGCAAAGGACAAUGGCGGUGGAUUUUUGGACGAACUCUACCCUGAGGCGGCAAAAGCCAUCUGGGACUUUGAAGGCAUCUUCUGUAGCUCUCGCCAUAUUCCCGGCGUAAGAUUCGCAGGCCUCAUUCACCCCGGCACGCUGACCUCAUCCUUUUCUCGUCUUCCAGUUCUAGGCUGCGCGCCCUCUGCCGAAGUCCUGGAGACUUGGAAUACCCGCGAAGCCGAACUCAUCUCUACACACACCCAUCUGAAUCGCGACGUGGCUAAACCGCCUGAGCCCCAAAAUGCCCACGCAGGUUCUGCAACAGGAUCUGUAAAGGAGAAGAUUGCCAAAGAAGGCGCGCGCACUAUUCCAGGUCGUCCUGAACACGGUGGUAACUGCGAUAUCAAGAACUUGUCGAGGGGAUCUAAAGUUUUCUUGCCGGUACAUGUCAAGGGUGCAAAGUUUAGUGUGGGAGAUUUGCAUUUCAGUCAGGGCGACGGCGAGAUAUCCUUCUGCGGCGCAAUCGAGAUGGCAGGCGUCAUAACAAUCAAGUUCAGUGUCAUGAAAGGCGGCAUGAAGCAACUCGAUAUGAAGAGUCCAAUCUACAUCCCAGGCCCCGUCGAACCGCAGUUCGGUCCUGGAAGGUAUAUUUACUUCGAGGGCUUCAGUGUGGAUGAACACGGGAAACAGCACUAUCUCGAUGCGACGGUUGCGUACCGGCAGACUUGUCUGAGGGUAAUUGAGUAUUUGAGACGAUUUGGGUACAGCGACUACCAGAUCUAUCUCUUGCUCUCUUGCGCCCCGGUUCAAGGUCACAUAGCCGGUAUAGUCGAUAUCCCCAAUGCGUGUACAACUAUAGGUUUGCCGAUGGACAUCUUCGACUUUGACAUCAGUCCGCAUGUUCCCGCUGAGAAGCGCGAUCUCGGGUCUUGCGCAUUUGCUGGCAAGAAGUAG